UUUUUCUGUAAAAGCGGUCAGAAACAUCUAUAUCCACUCUCUCUUCACUCUUUCACACAACAAAUAAGCAUCUCUCUCUCUCUCUACUCUCGAAGGGGCGCUCUGAGAUCACAUAGAACAAUGGUGAAGGCUGUUGCUGUUCUGAAUAGCAGUGAAGGUGUCAAAGGCACCAUCAACUUUACCCAAGAAGGAGAUGGUCCAACUACUGUAACUGGAAGCCUUUGUGGUCUUAAGCCAGGUCUUCAUGGCUUCCAUGUUCAUGCCCUUGGAGACACCACAAAUGGCUGCAUGUCAACUGGCCCGCAUUUUAAUCCUGUAGGCAAAGAGCAUGGUGCCCCUGAGGAUGAGAAUCGUCAUGCUGGUGAUUUGGGAAAUGUCACUGUUGGUGAUGAUGGCACUGCUACUGUCUCAAUCGUUGACAACCAGAUUCCUCUUACUGGACCAAAUUCCAUUGUUGGAAGGGCUGUUGUUGUUCAUGCAGAUCCUGAUGAUCUUGGCAAGGGAGGACAUGAACUUAGCAAAACUACUGGUAAUGCUGGUGGCAGAGUAGCAUGUGGUGUUAUUGGUUUGCAAGGUUGAACUACCUCACUCCACCAUAGUUUGUUAACAAAUGCAGUUGCAUAUGUAUCAACCCUCAGCUUCAGAGGUUUCUGAUAGAUUCUGAAUAAAAAUAUGGAAGCCUACUGUACUUUUUCGGUGGAUUGGUUGUGUAAUCUAAAAGUGUGUUCUGUUUGACCUCUUAAACUGAAGUUUUCAACAGCUUGGUUCCUUAAUUGUUUGGUUCCAAUUUUACG